CACGCUACCCAGUCAGUGUACAGCGUUGUCUAAAAUAUUCCUUACAGUCUUCACUGAAAAAAUGUGCGAAUCCUUUGCAGAAUCUGACGUGGUGGGGCUACUAUAAGAGGUCCGUAUUGACCAUGACUUUGAAUAAACCCACAUUAUUGCGUAAACUGGUCUAAGGACCAAAAACGGUGGAGACUAUGGCUAUAAAAAUCUACACAAUUUGCCUUCUAAUUUUCCAUUUCGGGUUAUGUGGUGCCGUGUUCGAAAAUAACCCGUUUCUAAAUAAGGGGAAUUACACAGUUAAUUCAAAUGAUGACUCCACCGGAUCAAUACAGACGCCUGGCCCAACAAGGCCGAGUUCCGUAUGGGUGCAAGUACCAGUUUCGCAGAUGUCAUCAAUUGCUACAUCAACCUCGAAGCCCAAUUCUGAACCAACCAAGCCUUCUUUCCCAAGUUCUAGCUCCAAGGAGCCAGUGUUCACCAUAGAACCUCCAGAAAUUUUAUACGGAAGCCAAUACCUCAACAAAAAAUGUCUCAAGCCUAGAGGUCAAUUUCCGAGUUAUUCCUGCAAUAAGUUUGUUAACUGCUGGGAUGGAAUCGCCAGCGAACAAACUUGUCCGACUGAUUUGGUAUUUAACCCAGUUAAGGGUUAUUGUGAUUAUCUGUCGAAUACCGAUUGUGGUAAGAAAUCGAUAGAAAACUCCCCUGAACAAAGCAAUGUUUUACCCCCCACCACCGUGACACAAGCGCCUAUUGUAACUUCGACAAAUUCCGACCUAAAACGAUUUUGUCGAACCGCAAGAGGCCUUUUCCCAGGAAGGACUUGUGACAAAUACGUCAGUUGUUGGGACGACAACGUUAUCGAAGGACAGUGUCCAGACGGCACGCUUUUCUCAAGCAAGGGAUAUUGCGAUUUUGCGCAAAAUGUAGAAUGCAUUUCAUACGACGCCGACUCGGUUGGUCAGGCGACUUUGUCUGCUAAUAAUACAGAAAUAAAAGACAACAAAACCGCCAUUAAUGUUUCAAACUCAGAAUUACAAAAGCUAUGUAAGCAAUCGAAGGGUCUAUUCCGAGGCACAUCCUGCAACAGAUAUGUCAAUUGCUGGGACGGAAAUGUCGUCGAAGGACAGUGUCCCGAGGGAACGUUGUUCUCUACCAAGGGAUAUUGCGAUUUCGCCCAUAAUGUAGAUUGUGAAUCUCAUGAUAAAACAAAAUUAGAACAGCAUUGUCCUAGCGAAUUUGGAACAUUUAGAAGUAAAUCCAAUUGCAGCAACUAUUACAUAUGUGCUUAUCAUAAAAUAGUAGCCAGAUACGAAUGUCCUGAAGGCUUUCAUUUCAGUGAUAUAUUGGGUGUUUGCGACUACGCCAGUCGAGUAGAUUGCUCUCAAAAUUCCAAUGUGAAUAAAAAAAUCGGUAUCGCAAAUGAGAACUGUCCAAUCACAAAUGGUGCGUAUAGAGAUAGUCAAAACUGUGCGUCAUAUUAUGUCUGCUCCCUUGGGAAAAUUGUAGCAAAUUAUCUAUGUCCGCCCGGAUUUAACUUUAACAACGAUCGUGGGACAUGCGAUUAUGCAGAAAGGGUCAACUGUAACCAAGGGUCUAUCAUGGUCAAUAUUGGAACCAGUUCGAUAUUGCCAGAAAUUCCUCAAGAAAUUAUGAACAAAGUUCGAAGUUGUACUCCCGGCUCAAUCUUUCCUUUAAACUCUCACUGCACUUCAGCCUGCAUUUGCCGAAGUGGACUCGCCGAAAUAGUACAAUGUUCUGCGGGACUUGCAUAUGAUUCCAAACUCAAUAAAUGUGUUCCAAUUCAAUUGGCUGGGUGUUAAAUGGAGAAUGCAGCGAUAAAGACUGAAAUGAUAGACUUAAAUGUAAGAAUUUAGAUUAAUAUGAAAUUAAGAAUUACAAUCUUUGUAUUACCUUUAAAAAAUAUAUUAUCCAG